AUGCUUCUACAAUACGCAUGCAAAGCACUGGCCAUUGUGUCAGCGCUGCUUGUUACCAGCAACAUGGCAGCUGCCGCCACAGCGAACGGGUACAAGGACGGGCGGGUAGUUCUCGGAUACAUCCCUGUGCAGCGCCAAGGCGGGGUGGUCAACACAACAAUGACCAGCGAGCAGCACGCACGGGCGGUGAUUGCAGACGGGCAGAAGAACAACGUCAAGAUGCUGGUUGCAGUGGGCGGGCAAGGCAACUUUUCAGUAACCCUGGCCAAAGCGCUGAGCACACCGGCGACGCUGUCGGCGUUUGUCAGCAAUGCAGUGGAUUUUGUUGACUCGUACAAGCUGGACGGAAUUGACUGCGACUUUGAAAUCUGCUCACGGCAGCUGCAGGGGAUCCGCAAGGGCAUGGAUGUCAAGUUUGGCAAGGGCAAGAAGCUUCUGACGAUCACGCUGUAUAACCACCCGUUCCUAGGGCCCAAUGUGCCAACAAUGGACUACAAGCCGUUCUACGAGGCGGUAGACUACGCGCUGGUGAUGACGUACGACUACUUUGGCAACUGGGCAGACUACUCGGCACCCAACUCGCCCAAGCUAGUGGCCGGGCUGCCAUUUUACGGCCACUCAAUCCUGACCAACCAGUAUGUGCCGAUCGACGACCACAAGACGCUGGUCGGGCCGGUCAGCGACAUCGCGGGGUCAUGGACGUGGAAGGACCUGCGCGAUCCAGCAGGCGGAGCGCUGUCGGAUGGGCGUACGGCACGUGCUGGGUGGGUGCGCGCCUGGGACAACUACACGAUGACACCGUGGCUGUUCCGCAAAUCGGACAGCCUGUAUAUCGGAUACGACGAUGAGGACUCGCUGGGAGUCAAGAUGGACUACACGUUGCGGCGCGGGCUCGCAGGCGUCAUGAUUUGGGAAAUCGGUUUUGACUACAAGAACGAGCUGAUUGGGUACGUCAAAGACUUUAUCCAGCAGUCCGACGACGGGCUGGUCGCCAAGGACUGCGCACCCAGCGACGACGCGCUCGACGGGCUGUUCCAGGAGUCGCGCAAUCCGAAUUUCUUCAACUUCAGGAGUCUGCAUAGAAGGGACGAGCCGCGCAUGUGCCAGUUUCCGUCGGCUGCGUCGGGCUGGGGCCGGGACGGCAGCGGCGGCGGCCAUGGCAGCGGCUGUGAUCGCGCAUGUAGUGCUGGCGACAAGGCCACGGCAGAGCAAAAGUUCAAGGACAUCUCAGAGGCCUUCGAGGCGCUGUCGGACAAAAACAAGCGCGCAGUAUACGACCAGUACGGCGAGGAGGGCCUGAAGGGCGGCAUGGGCGGUGGUGGCGCCGGUGGGUUCCCGGGCGGGUUCGGCGGCAUGGGCGGCGGCGGCGGCCAGUCAUUCCAUUUCACAUCAGGCGGGCCCGGCGGCGGAUUCGGCGGAUUCACGCCAUCGAACCCCGAGGACAUAUUCGCGCAGCUGUUCAGCGGGCUGGGCGGCAUGGGCGGCAUGGGCGGCAUGGGAGGCCACGGCGUGCACACGCAUCGGGGCCGCGGUGGCCACGCAAUGGACGUGGACGACGAUAUGGGCGGCGGCUUUGGGGGACGGACAAGGGAAGUGACGCGGCCUCUGGCGUGCACACUGGAGGAGCUUUACAACGGGUGCACCAAGAAGCUGAAGGUGACGCGGCGCACGCUGGACCGCGCGUCUGGGCAGCUGGUGUCGUCAGAGAAGAUUCUGCAGAUCGACAUCAAGCCUGGGUGGAAGGCUGGGACCAAGGUGCGGUUCUCGGGCGAGGGCGACAACUAUGGCCACGGCGCCCAGGACAUUGUGUUUGUGGUCGAGGCCAAGCCCCACGCCGUGUAUAAGCGCGACGGCGACAAUCUGAAAAUGGACAUGGAGCUGUCGCUCGACGAGGCCCUGUGCGGGUUCAAGCGGCCCGUGACCAAGCUGGACGGCAAGAAGUUUAUGGUCAGCAACAAGAUGGUGGUCCGCCCGGGGCAGAUCAGCCAGAUGGACGGCUACGGCAUGCCCAUUUCAAAGCUGCCAGGGCAGGUCAACUUCCCGUCAUCGCUGACCGACAGCCAAAAGGAGCAGAUCCAUGCAGCCCUGACCCAGUAA